AUGUCGUCGUCCUCCUCUUCUUCUUCUUCAGCAGCAGCCUCCUCAGCAGCAGCCUCGGAAGUACUGGCAGCAGCACCAGAAGCAGCUGCUGCUGCUGGGGCACCAGUUGGGACGCUGGACAUCUUUUCGGUACCUUCAGCGAUGAGCUCUUCAACGGAUUUGCCUUCAACUUCGGCAAUCAGCUUGUCCAGCUUCUCAGAUUCCACUUCGACACCAACAGACUCGAGCACCUUGGUGACGUCGGCAGCAGAUGGGGCGGGAGUUGAACUUGCUGACCUACUUGAGUUGUCCACCGAGGACUUCGCCAAAUUGUGCCAUGCCAGAGUUAGAAGAAGAUUUUCCAGAGGUCUCGGUUCCAAGCCAAUGGGUUUGAUCAAGAAGUUGAGAGCUGCCAAGCUUGCUGCUGGUCCAAACGAGAAGCCAGCCAUCGUCAAGACCCACCUCAGAAACAUGAUCGUCAUGCCAGAAAUGAUCGGCUCUCUUAUUGGAAUCUACAACGGUAAGGUGUUCAACACCAUCGAAGUCAAGCCAGAGAUGGUUGGCCACUACCUUGGAGAGUUCUCCAUCACUUACAACCCUGUCCAGCACGGAAAAGCAUCCUCUGGUUCUAAGUUGAAACUUUAUUAG